AUGCCGGUCUACGAGUUGGGCGGCGUGCCUGUGGAGUUCCCUUAUGAGGCGUACGAGUGCCAGCUCGCCUACAUGCGCGCCGUGAUCCAGGCUCUCGACGCUGGGCAGAACGCGCUGUUGGAGUCGCCCACGGGCACUGGCAAGACGCUCUGUCUGCUGUGCGCAAGCCUGGGCUGGCGCAGGUCGCACCAGCAGCGCGCCACCGCCGCGCGCACCUCCUGGGAGGCGCAAGCUGCACCAGACGCGCCCUCACUGGCGAACGCCUGCCCGCGCAUCUGGUACUCCUCGCGCACCCACAGCCAGCUGAAGCAGGUGAUCCACGAGCUGAAGAAGACCACGUACACGACCUCGAGCGUCGUGCUGGGCUCGCGGCAGCACUUCUGCAUCCACUCCUCGGUGAGCCGGAUGUCUGGCCCGAAGCAGAACGCAAUGUGCCAGCGCAUGCGGGGCGACAACAAGUGCCCACCCUUCGUGGGGCUCCGCAAGCACGGUAGCAAGGUGAGCGUCAACAGGCUUGAUAUUGAAGAGAUCGUGUCCACCUGCAAGGACCACCGACGCCAAUGUGUGCCCUUUUUACAAGUGCCGCGAGGAGGCCAAGGAAGCGGAGCUGGACCGCCGGCUCGUUCCCUACGACUACAUCAUCGGCAAGGAGGCGCGGGAAUCAGUCCAAGUAUCCCUGAGGAGAACAGCAUCCUCAUUUUCGAUGAGGGCCACAACAUCGAGAGGUCCUGCGAAGAGGCUGCAUCGCUCGAACUUCGUUCCAGCGACAUCGCCAAGGCGUUGGGCGAGAUCGACGAUGCGUUUGACAUCAUCGAAGAAGAUCGUGGUAGGUGCGAGGAAUUGGUCAAGGACAUGACCGCGGACAUUAUGCUGUCCCACCUCACCCUGAUGAAAAAGAGAGCUUUCUGGCCCUCGAGGACGCCAUCUGCGACGUGCGCCUCGAGCGCGACGCCACGGCCGACCGCACGCUGGCGAAGAAGCCGGGAAGCUACAUUCUCGAGCUGCUGGCGCGUGGGAGCCACAGGGGCGACGGCAUCACGGAGAAAGACAUAA